AUGCAGCAUAUAAUACAAGUUAGUCCAUUGCUGGACAAAAUUAAGCAGUUCCAGCAAGCAUUGUCAUUCAGGAUCCAACUAACUACUUCUCAAAAGGUGAUCCUGUGGAGUAUUGGAGUAGCCGGUACUAGUGCAAUUGUUGUCGGAGUGCUAUCUAGAUAUUUAGCAAGAAAAAGAGUGAAACCCAUUCUUAAUCCUAGAAUCCAAAGAGCUAUAAACAAACGUUUAUCUAGAAUGAGAAGUCCUAAUGGAGGUAUGGGAUCUGUGGCUAGCAGUGGUGGUCGAAGUAGUCCCUUAGGAUUUAGUGAGAGGCUCUCAAUGGCCUCUGGAUCAAUUGGUUCUGGUGGUGGAGAUGCUGCUCCACUUUCACCUCAGCAGUUAGGGGUAAUGGCGCCAUCUAUUGUUGAGUAG